AUGAUACUUUUAUAUCAUAAUAAUCAAAUAGUUAAUAAAUAACAUUUUUAAAGGGAAAUAAGUUUAAAAGUAAUUAUAAAAUUGAAUUCUAAAUUAAUAACUCUUUAAUAGCAAUAUUUACAUAAUGAUAAUUUAUUGUAAACUGAAUUAAUAUAUAAAUCAUAUCUACUUUAAUAAAAUUAUGGGGAUAAUUGUGAUCCUUAUGGUCAAAGAAUAAGUUUAGGAUAUUAUUAUAAAAAUUAUGAUAAAUUAGAUAACAUAAUAGAUAUUACAUAUAAUACUUAAGUAAAUUUAUUAAUAUUUUAUAGUCUUAUUGUCCAUAAGGAUUCUUACAUAUAUUUGAUUAGAAUGGAAUAGAUUAAUGGAUUAAGAUUAAAGAGAUUAGAAUUUUGAAUAUGAGUAAGGUUUAUGAGAAUUCAAAUUCUGCAUUUACUUAUGUGAAAUAUAUAAAUAUAGUAUCAUUGAAUUCUUAUGUAAUUCAGAGAUUAGGUUAAAUAUACUAUUAUGAAAUUUAUGAAGCUAUUGAUAUUAAAAGCAAAUAAUAUUAAUUCAAGGUACCCUUAAAAUAAUAUGAUAAUAAAGAACAUAAGAUAAUUUUCUUUGGAGAUAUGGAUUCAAAUUGGACUGGUAAUAAAUCUAAAUAAACUUUUGAUUGGUUUUAAUCAAUUCAAUAUAAUUAAAGUGAUUAUGAUGUAUUAAUAUUUGAGGGAAAUAUGGAGGAAUCGGAAUUUUUUAUUUUAUUAGAAGAUAGAAAAUAAAAGAGUAAUUACUACCUUGA